UGUUGGAUGCCACCCGCCGUUAAACCACACCGAAGAAGAUGAUCCCGUCAAACAGAUGUGUUUAUACCAUAUAGAAUAAUACAUUUGAACGAUUCUGAUUGCUCUCACAGGAUCUCAUAAUUUCCAUUUACAGCCAAACAAUUACAGAAAAGUAACUGUUCAGAUCCACCUCCAGCCCGACCAUGUCUGAGCCGGGUCCUGGCUGUGGUGAUCCGGCCCAGAGGAGCUCACAACAGGGUCCAGAGGUGGUGUCAGUGAAGCUGGAGGACUGCGGUCAAACACUGGAGCUCAAUGUGAUUGUGAAAGAGGAGGAGGAGAGAGAAAUCAAGGAGGAAGAAAACAGUGACUCGGGAAAGAGCUCCAACCCAGACUCAGACAGCAAGCCCAGUCCCACAGCAUCAGGAAAUCAUAAACAAUGCAGACAGAAGCCCCAACCCUGCUGUAGCGACAGUUUUAUUUGUCCAACUCACCUCAAAUCACUCAAACAGACUCCCAAAAUAAAGAAGACAUACCUCUGCUCCCAAUGUGGGAAGAGUUUCAGUCGGACAGGAGACCUAAAGAGUCACGAGAGAUCACACAGUAAAAAAGCCUUACCACUGCGCUCGAUGUGGGGAGGGAUUCACUCAGCUUGGAAGUCUAAAAAGAGAUCUAAAGAAUCACAGAGAUCACACAGUAGGGAGAAGCCUUACCACUGCUCUCUUUGUGGGAAGAGUUUCAAUCAACCCGGAAACCUAAAGAGUCAUCAGCGAAUACACAUAGAAGAGAAGCCUACCAGUACUGUCAAUGUGAUUGUCAAAGAGGAGGAGGGUGAGAGGAAAAUCAAUGAUAAGGUAAAGAGAGAAGUUGAGGAAAGUAAUGGUGUAGUUGACUCAGGUACAUCAAGACUACCUGGUCGUGGGAGUUACCCCUGUCCUCAGUGUGGGAAGAAUUUUAGUUCCUCAAGUAAUCUAAAGAAUCAUCAAAGAGUACACACUGGAGAGAAACCUUUCCACUGCUCAGUAUGUGGGAAGCGUUUCCGUGAGAAAGCACACCUUAAGAGACAUGAGAGGGUACAUAAUGGAGAGAAGCCUUACAACUGCUUCGAAUGUGGGAAGAAUUUCCGUGUGGAAGAGACCCUACAGAAACACCAGAGAAUCCACACAGGAGAGAAGCCUCACCACUGCUCUCUUUGUGAGAAGAGUUUUAAUCAUUCAGGAAGCCUUAAAGAACAUCAAAGAAUACAUAGUGGAGAAAAGCCUUACCACUGCUCUCUUUGUGGGAAGAGCUUCCAUCAUUCAGGAACCUUUAAGAAACAUCAGCAAAGACACAUUGGAGUGAAACCUACCUGUAAUCUCAAUGUGAUUGUCAAAGAGGAGGAUGAUGACUGUACUCUCAAUGUGAUUGUCAAAGAGGAGGAUGAUGACUGUACUCUCAAUGUGAUUGUCAAAGAGGAGGAUGGUGACUGUACUCCCAAUGUUAUUGUCAAAGAGAAGGAUGAUGACUGUACUCCCAAUGUGAUUGUCAAAGAGGAGGAUGAUGACUGUACUCUCAAUGUGAUUGUUAAAGAGGAGGAUGACCCAGAUACAUCAAGACUACCUGAUUGUGGUCGUUACCCCUGUCCUCAAUGUGGAAAGAAUUUUAGUUCCUCGAGUAAUCUAAAGAAUCAUCAAAGAGUACACACUGGAGAGAAACCUUUCCACUGCUCUGCAUGUGGGAAGAGUUUCAGUGAGAAAGCAAACCUUAAGAGACAUGAGAGAGUACAUGAGAAGGAAAAGAGAGGAGUUGAGGAAGAGGAGAAAACUGGUAGUGUAGUUGACCCAGGGACAUCAAGACUACCUGGCCGUGGGAGUUACCCCUGUCCUCAAUGUGGGAAGAGUUUCAGUUCCUUAGGUAAUCUAAAUAAUCAUCAAAAAGUACACACGGGAGAGAAGCCUUACCACUGCAGCCAAUGUGGGAAGAGCUUCAGUGAGAAAGCAAACCUAAAGAGACAUGAGAUAGUGCAUAGUGGAGAGAAGCCUUACCACUGCACCCAAUGUGGGAAGAAUUUCCGUGCGGCAGAUACCCUACAGAAACACCAGAGAAUCCACACAGGAGAGAAGCCUAACCACUGCUAUUUUUGUGGGAAGAGCUUUGAUAAUUUAGGCAGCCUUAAGGAACAUAAAAAAAUACACAAUGGAGAGAAGCCUUACCACUGCACUCAAUGUGGGAAGAGCUUCAAUUACUCAGGAAAUUUUAAGAAACAUCAAAGAAUACAUAUUGGAGAGAAUCCUACCUUUAUUCUCAAUGUGAUUGUCAAAGAGGAGGAGGAAGAUGGAAAAGAGAGAGAAGUUGAGGUCGAGGAGAGAGAAGUGAAGGAAGAGGCUACAUAAGCUAACUAGGAAGGGAGAGUUAUACCUCAUAUCUUUGCAAUGCUGUCUUCUGUGUCAGUAUGGGAUUGGGCAGCACCAUUGAGAGCAAUCUCCUUUUUAAAAUAGUCCAUAUCUUCUACUUCCAUGAGUGUAUUGGAAGGUAGCAAAUCAACUGAAAAAGUACACACCACCUCCUAAUGUACUGCAGUGUGUACAGUCUGAACAGGAUACCACCUCCUAAUGUACUGCAGUGUGUACAGUCUGAACAGGAUACCACCUCCUAAUGUGCUGCAGUGUGUACAGUCUGAACAGGAUACCACCUCCUAAUGUGCUGCAGUGUGUAUCAUCUGAACAGGUACAAAACCAAGGUUGGUGAUUUACUGCUACCUGCAGUUAUGGAAUGUUAUCUCAGGACUAUAAUUCAUUGGUUAACUCCUUCUGCUGACCUGGAUGGAAUUAUAGCAUCCUUCCUUAACCCACAGGAAGUCCCACCAUUUUGACUACUUCAAAAUGGUGAAAGUCCUCAAUGGUGCUGCUCGUUAGACAAUACAGUGGAAAAGCCUCACCAUUGCUCUCCAUUAUAUAAAAUCUCUUAUUCACUAAAGCAUGUGAUAAAUAUAUCUGUAUAGAAUCUGCGUUCUAGGUUCAUUUGACCGUGGGUUGUCGACAAUGCAGCUUUUAAAAAGGCAAUUUCCGACUGUGUGAACAUAUGCAGCAUUUACCAGGAAUAAGAAACACGCGAUAGUGGGAACAUUGUCUUUAAAAGUCGGAUUGAAUCCCAGCUUCUGUUUAGUCAUGGUAAAAACAUGACAUCUUUCUUCCAUUUAUUUUCUUCCAUUUAGCAGAAGUCUUUAUCCAAAGUGAUUUGUUCAGGAUGUAAAGCACAGACAACACAAAACAACAAUAUCUAAACGCAUUAAAGGACCAAUCCAAAGUUGAACCAAUAACAAAGCGAGGCACCCUUGUUUUGGUAUAAAGCUUAGGGAUGGACCUGGAGAAGUGUAACCACUUUCACAUUCAUAGACAGAGCAAUGGACUGACCAUUCAUGAUCUCAAAAUGAUAAUUUUAGCUAUGGACUGACCAUUCAUGAUCUCAAAAUGAUCUGCUAUGGAUUGACCAUUCAUGAUUUCAAAAUGAUCUGCUAUGGAUUGACCAUUCAUGAUCUCAAAAUGAUCUGCUAUGGACUGACCAUUCAUGAUUUCAAAAUGAUCUGCUAUGGAUUGACCAUUCAUGAUCUCAAAAUGAUCUGCUAUGGAUUGACCAUUCAUGAUCUCAAAAUAAUCUGCUAUGGACUGACCAUUCAUGAUCUCAAAAUAAUCUGCUAUGGAUUGAUCAUUCAUGAUCUCAAAAUGAUAAUUUUAGCUAUGGACUGACCAUUCAUGAUCUCAAAAUGAUAAUUUUAGCUAUGGACUGACCAUUCAUGAUCUCAAAAUUAUAAUUUUAACCAUGUUUUAGGCUAUACGGGGUUUGUUUACAUUUACAAUGUUUCCAAACAUUGGAGGAAAACAAAUUUAUAUUUUGUGGUUCUGAUGGAGUGUGACAGUUAAAAUAAUCUUAUGAGGGAUUAUAAAUUAAUAGUUUUCAAGAAUCAAUAGGGAUAUACAGUAUCAUUCAUUUAUAUAAGUCUAAAAAUGUAUGUUACAACUGCAGAGCCCCACUUUAAACACUACAGUAUCAUAACAUAUUUACAUAUACCAUUACAACAGUAGAUCACCCCUUUAAUCACUACAGUAUCAUAACAACAGUAGAUCACCCCUUUAAUCACUACAGUAUCAUAACAUAUUUACAUAUACCAUUACAACAGUAGAUCACCCCUUUAAACACUACAGUAUCAUAACAUAUUUACAUAUACCAUUACAACAGUAGAUCACCCCUUUAAUCACUACAGUAUCAUAACAACAGUAGAUCACCCCUUUAAUCACUACAGUAUCAUAACAUAUUUACAUAUACCAUUACAACAGUAGAUCACCCCUUUAAACACUAUACCAUUACAACAGUUCACAGUAACAGAGGUCAGAUAGGCCUACAGUUUACGUUGUUGAACAGUGUCUCUGCCCUACUUUUUAAACUGAUGAGUGAGAUGUGUAAAGAAGGUACAUUUGGAUCACCUAUUACACGUUGUACAAGGUACAUUGAUAAGUUGAUCUGAAAUACAACCUGCCCCGCCUCCUUCCUGUUUAUGAGUAGUACAGCAUCAAGAGAAUAAUGCCCUGUGGGCUAUCCUAUUGAAUACAACAUAUGUCCAUAGAAUCAUCCCACUGGGCACAGACGUCAGUUCAACGUCUACUUUUAAUUCAUAUUUGGUUGUGAAUUCAACAAAACAUUUCACCAUGUCAUUGGAUUUAGGUCAAAAUAUAUUUUUUAAAUUAAAUUCCCAAAACAUUUAAAUACUUUUUUUCAAAUCCAAUCAGUUUUCCACGUCGAUUCAACGUCAUCACAUUUGACGUUUUUUUGGGUUGAAAUGACGUGGAAACAACGUUGAUUCAACCAGUUUUUUUUUUUUUGCCCAGUAGGAUUAUGACAGAAUUCAGCCAUUCUUUUUUUAAACUCAGGAGAAGGGCUGGUCUGGAUUGACAUCAGAAGUAAACAAUGAGUGUAUUGUUGUGUCAUCAUCUGGAUGUAACCGGUGUGUAAAAAUAUAUUGCCAAGUAUCCUGGAAGUGAAUUAUAAAUACAAACAGAACAAA